AUGAGCGACACAGAGGGAAUAACUUCUGUACGGACAUGCAGGGUUCCGAGCGCGGAGACUUGGCCACCGCGUUACCGACUUGAGAAGUCCUCUGGGCUGUCUCGGAUGCGGCGCGCAAAUGCGAAGGCAGCGUUAGCAAAACCUCCUACGCCCGUGGGUGCGCGCAUCUCACCCGGCGCAACCUCCAGCUUCAUCACGUCCACGGGCAUUCCCUCGCUAGAUGACAUUCUUGGUGGCGGACUGCCACUCUCAUGUUCUAUGCUCCUACUUGCACCGGAUGCCCACUCGGCGUACGGGGAACUGGUGCAGAAGUACUUCGUAGCUCAAGGGCUCGCGUGCGGCCAGAAACUCUGCAUCGUCGAUGAAGACGUCGACCGGUUCCUGUCCGAAUGCAUGUGGACCCCGGCGGUAGCGCGUCCGGCUCUGGUGGACGAGGACGAGGAGACGGCUGGAGUGGAGGAUACGAAAAUAAAGAUCGCAUGGCGCUAUGAACAGAUGAAGCAGUUCCAGACCACCGUGCCUACCUCGAACCAGUCGAAUGAAGACUACAGUCGCGUCUUCGAUUUGACGUGUCGAAUACCGGAGGACGUCCUCAUGAGCGCAAAGAGUUCCGGCCAACUUAGCACUGUGACUCCACGACCUGAGACGGAUUCAAGGCCAGGACUGUCUGUACUGAGUGCACUGGAAAAGGUACUGGCGGACGAAGACCAACGAGAGGGCCAAUCUGCUCCAAUCCGGAUCUGUGUGCCUUGCCUUGGUUCUGCAGACUGGGGAGACCUGUCCCAGCAGGACAUAUGCUACUUCUUGCUAUCCAUGCGGAACCUGCUACGGCGUCAUCCGACUGCUUGCGCCUCAAUAUCCCUCCCUUCCCAUCUCUGCACGGAUUCAUGGGGCGGACCUGGUUGGGUGCAGAAGCUCAGCUGGCUCGUCGACGCGUCCAUCACACUUGCAGCCUUCACCGGUACGUCCCUCAUCACCGAUGUUCCCGCGCACCACGGCAUGGUCCACAUCCACACCCUCCCGGCGCCGACCACCCUCCUACCGCCGAGCGACAAUGGGGAGAACAACCUCGCGUUCAAGUGUAUGCGCAAGCGCAUGGUGUUCGAGACGCUGCAUCUCGACCUCGAGGGUGGCGUAGGAGACCGUCGGACGACGCCUUCGAGCAGUGCGAGUACGCUCGGCGAGGCGGACGUACCAGGCAUCAUUUGGAGCACGACGGAGGGUGCCUUUGGAGGAGGUGAAGAUAACUACACCUCAAGUCAGUACGAGUGA